AGUUCCUACAUCGGUCGCUGGGGCAACCCGCUGUUCUCAGUCCAUGACAACCUGAGCCCGGUGGUUACCGUGGAGCAGAACUUCGACAGCUUGCUGAUCCCGCCCAGCCACCCCAGCAGGAAACGAGGGGACAACUACUACCUGAACAGAAAAAUGAUGCUUCGCGCUCACACCUCCGCCCACCAGAGGGAGCUGGUGAAGUCCGGUCUUGAUGCGUUCCUAUUGGCUGGAGACGUGUACAGACGUGACGAGAUCGACGUCAGUCAUUAUCCCGUCUUCCACCAGAUGGAGGGAGUCCGCCUCUUCUCCAACCACGAGCUGUUCUCGAAGGUGCAGAACGGCGAGGAGCUUUCUCUGCUGGAGCGCGGCGGCAGGCGGACGCCGCAGAAACAGGAAACGCACACGCUGGAGGCCGUGAAGCUGGUGGAGUUCGACCUGAAACAAACGCUGACGAGACUCGUCACUCACCUGUUCGGAGAAGAUGUGGACAUCAGGUGGGUCGACUGUUACUUCCCCUUCACUCAUCCCUCCUUUGAGAUGGAGGUGCAUUUCCAGGGCGACUGGAUGGAGGUUCUGGGCUGUGGAGUGAUGGAGCAGGAGCUGCUGAACUCUGGUCAG